AUGAAGUUGAUCAUAGCUGUAGGACUGCUUUGUCUCGUGGCGGUCUACGCCCGAGAGUUGGGUGAUGAGGAGAAGGACUUAGUGGCAGCCGCGAGUGGAAAGUCCCACAAGCACGAAGAAGGUGGUGGCAAGGAACACCACGCCCAUCAUCACCACGAACACGGAGAGAAGGGGCACAAGGGACACAAAGGACACCAUCACCACCACAAGGGCGAACACGGUGAUCACGGAAAACACCACCACGAGGGGCACCAUCACGAACAUGGCGGCGGCCACAAAAAGCACUGGGAUGAGCACGAUCAUCACGGCCAUCACCAUGAGCACGGUCAUCAUCACAAGGGUGGUAAACACGGCCACAAGAAACACCACGACAAGGGAGAGGAAACAGAGGGUUACCACAAGAAGUACCAUAAGGACAGCUACCACAAGGAUCAUCACUUCUACGAUGACCACCACCACGAAGGCAAGCAUCACAAGCACGGGAAACACCACGGGCACCAUGAUGAACACGGCGGACACCACAAAAAGGGUGGACACCAUGACAGCGGUCAUCACGAACAUCAUCAUGGCAAGCAUGGUCAUCAUGACAAACAUCAUUACGAUGAGGACCAUCACGGUCACAAGGGCCACCAUGGUCACGAGGAGCAUCACCACGGUCACCACGACCAUGGCAAGAAGGGUGGUCACCAUGACCAUAAAGAGUGGGGCUUCCAUCAUGGCAAGCACUAA